AUGAAGAUGCCUCGCACAAGCUACGGCGCCGCCCCGGCCGUGCGUACCGUCGCCGCCCCCCUGCCCCUGGUUCGCAUCCUCGAGUCGACCAGCACCAGCGACGACCAGGGCGGCUACGCCUUCCGCUUCCUCUCCGAGGACGACAUCCAGCGCCAGGAGGAGGCGGCCGACGGCACCGUGUUCGGCUCCUACAGCUACAUCUCGCCCGAGGGCGUGCCCGUCAGCGUGCGCUACGUGGCCGACACGCUCGGCUUCCGGGCGGAGAGCGACGCGCUGCCCACGCCCCCGGCCGUCGAGUACGAGCCCGUCUACGAGUACCGGCCCGUCUCCCAGUGA